AUGGGCAGCGCUGGAGAACCAACCGUGUGCCAUGGCGCAUCUGUUCCGGACAUAACCACCAAGGGGUCGGAGUUCGAAUCCAUCGCCUCUUGGAGAGAGCGGGUUGGUAUCGACACCGAUGCACAGAUCCGCCUGGUGAAGCUGUCGCAUAUGCGGUACCAGCAUCCGGAUCUGGAUCAGAUUACUGUUUUCCUAAAGGACUUUGGCAUGCAGAUUGUCAAACAAACAGACGAUCAGAUCUGGUAUCGCGGCUAUGGACCCGACCCUUAUGUUUACUAUGCAAGGAAAGGACCUAAGCAAUUCCUGGGUGCUACUUUUGAGGUCGAGUCGUAUCAGGAUUUGGAGAAGGCACUGCAGCUGCCGAACACCAGUGGAAUCAAGGAACUGGUCGACCAUCCCGGCGGUGGUCACCUGGUCAGCUUCACUGAUCCGGAAGGAUACCUUGUCAACCUGAUCCAUGGACAGACACCACGGGAGGUAGGAGAGUAUCCAGAAAGGUUGGUUGUCAAUUACGAGGCAGACAAACCCCGUCUGCGAAAAUUUCACCGAUUUAAUGUCGGACCGGCACCCGUGCACAAGCUUGGUCACUUUGGAUACUGCGUACAGAAUUUUCCGACAAUGCUCGACUUCUACACCCGGAACUUCAACCUCGUCCCGAGUGACUUCCUCUACGUGGAAAAGGACGGCCAAAAAGUGAACGUAGCAGUCUUUGCCCACAUCGAUCGGGGAAGCGAUCCCGUUGACCACCACUCCUUCUUCAUGAGCACGAACGAGACCUCUCAUGUGCACCACUGCUCCUUCGAAGUUCACGACUUCGAUACCCAGCAAUUGGGACACUACUGGCUGGCCGGAAAGGGGUACAAGUCGGUGUGGGGAGUGGGACGGCAUAUUCUCGGUUCGCAGAUCUUCGACUACUGGUGGGACACGACUGGCAACAUGGUCGAGCAUUAUGCAGACGGAGACUUAGUGACUGAUGAGACUCCAAUCGGGUACGGUCCCGCUGGAGAUGAGUCGUUAGCAGUUUGGGGCCCCGAUGUGCCGCCUACAUUUUUGAAAUGA